AUGCGGAAUUAUCUGCUUUUAUUCUUAAUAUGCAGUAUUUAUACAGUUAAUUGCGAUUUUGUGCGAAUACCCCUUCAGAAGUUUACAUCUAUACGAAGAACACUAAAAGAUGUGGGAACCGAAGUAAAUCGUGUUUUGUUGAAACAAACUUCAAACAAAUACGGAGGACCGACACCAGAACCGUUAUCCAAUUAUUUAGACGCCCAAUAUUAUGGUCCUAUAACCAUUGGUACCCCUCCACAGCCUUUUAAAGUCGUUUUCGAUACUGGAUCGUCUAAUUUGUGGGUACCAUCUAAGAAAUGUGGAUUUACUAACAUAGCCUGCUUACUACACAACAAAUAUGACUCAUCGAAAUCGUCUAGCUAUACAGCAAAUGGAACUAAGUUUGAAAUCCACUAUGGAUCUGGAAGUCUUAGUGGAUUUUUGUCUACGGAUGUCGUUCAGUUUGGAGACGUUGCGGUUAAGGAUCAAACUUUUGCCGAAGCUGUCAGCGAGCCCGGUUUAGCUUUUGUAGCAGCUAAGUUUGAUGGUAUUUUGGGAAUGGCUUAUGACAGAAUUUCUGUAGAUGGAGUUCCUCCAGUAUUUAACCAAAUGCUCAAACAAGGUCUUGUUAAACAACCUGUUUUCUCAUUUUACUUAAACAGAGAUCCUCAAGGCAAAGAAGGUGGUGAAAUCAUCCUAGGAGGGUCCGAUCCAGAGCAUUACAAAGGAGAAUUUACCUAUCUGCCAGUCAGCCGUCAAGCUUAUUGGCAAUUUAAAAUGGAUCAAGUAACUGUGGGUGACAAAACAUUCUGUAGUGCAGGUUGCCAGGCUAUCGCUGAUACUGGUACCAGCUUGAUUGCUGGACCUGUAGAAGAGAUGACUGCCAUCAACAAGGCUAUUGGAGCUACACCAAUUGUAGGAGGAGAAUAUAUGGUUGAUUGUCAGCUGAUCCCGAAACUCCCAGUUAUUAACUUCAUUUUGGCUGGUAAAAGUUUUCCUUUGGAAGGAAAAGAUUAUGUAUUGAGGGUUUCUCAGAUGGGCAAAACAAUCUGCUUGUCUGGAUUCAUGGGAAUCGAUAUUCCCCCACCAAACGGUCCACUGUGGAUUUUGGGAGACGUCUUUAUUGGUAAAUACUAUACCGAAUUUGAUAUGGGCAACAACCGGGUUGGAUUUGCUGAGACCGUUUAA